AUGAGGACGGAUCUACAGCCCGAGAUCUCCGAGGAUGAGGUACGCGGGUUGGCUGGCCAGGUCAGGCAGUUGCUGAGGGGUGGAGAUGCCGAGGGCGCGUUGAGGGGCUGUCUAGAAUUCCCAGUGUACAAUGCGACUGAUGUUGCCAAGGAUUCGCACCUGCAGACCAUUACGGAAGUUCUUCAAUCGAUCAAGGCGAGCGACAUGACCCCGCUUCUCACUAGGAUCUACCAGUCUCAGGGAGGAAAUGAGCUUUUGGAUGUCCUCAUGAAGUACUUAUACAAGGGCAUGUCUGCCGGAUCCGGCGGACCUGGACCGAAGAGCCCGACGCGCGUCGGUUCUCAGGCCACUGGCGGGUUUAGCCAGGUUGGUAAUCGACCCGGGUCCGUGAACGAGUCGGUCACGGCGGCGAUGAGCGUGCUGCUCAGCUGGCACGAGAAGGUUGUUGAGGUGGCUGGGCUGGGCUCCAUUGUUAGGUGCAUGACCGAUUUCAGGAGGGUUUAA